AGCCGGAGACGAACAGCUUCCAUAUGCCGUGGGGAGAGAUGACUAUCACUCUCCACGAUGUCCAGAUGAUUCUAGGUGCCAAUGUGGAGGGACGGGUGGUCGCGCCUAGGUACGACGAUGCCACCGAGCGGACAAACUGCGUGUAUUUGCUGUCCGAGGCCUUAAACCUCGAGUUUGAGGAGAUUGACGAGUCGUGGAAGCAUGGGGGCCCCACAUGGAGGAUGUUACAGGGACAGUUGUUGAUGCCCGACACGCCCAUGAGACGCCGAGUUCAGAUAUACCUGGUGUUUCUCCUCGGAUCGAUUUUAUUCCCCGACAAGACAUGUGAUCGGGUGAAACCGUGGUAUAUGCACGUGCUCGAGGAUUCAGUGCUUGAUCAGGUCGGCACGUAUUCGUGGGGUUCGGCCUGUUUGGCCAAUCUAUACAGAGAGUUGGGUAUAUGCAGCCGAGCACAGUCGAGGGGCUUGGCGGGUUGCACCACCCUUCUUCAGUGCUGGAUAUACGAGUAUUUCCCGAGAUUCCAGCCGCCGGAUGAGAGCGAGCGCUACCGCGAGUUUCAGCCUCGAUGCAAGAGGUGGAACGCGCCACCAAAAGCGGGCACGCUCGAGCAUAUUCGAGGUUUACUCGAUAAUAUGACAGCGGAUGAUGUCGAGUGGCUACCGUAUGGUCGGGAUAUACACGAGAGUAUCCCUCGUACGUUGUAUCAUGGCACGAUCCAGUACAUGUGGGUCGUAGAGCCGUAUAUGCCUGAUCGUUGCGUCCGACAGUUUGGAUGGGUUCAGGAUAUACCACGCGGCUUGAUUCCGUCGAUGGAGCCAUGUUCACGCGGUCCCAAAGGAGGUACAUCGUACAAAGUCAACUACCCAUUUCCGGGUGGGAUGUGGGACAUGGUCCAGGCUCAUUCCAUUCAUGCCCGCGCAUACAAGACGGCACGACAACGGGGGGAAGUCGACGAGCACUACAUGGAGUGGUACACUGAUCGGACUCAUCCGAAGAUCAACAACCCCGACGUAGGCCCGGCUCCAGUGCAUCGAGAGAAUGUGAGGCCACCAGAUCAGCCGGCUUUUUACCAGGUAGUACGUGCCCUGUACCCGAUCACCAGGAGCACUGGACAGGACUGGAUGCAGCAGUUUGCCGAUCUACGUGCCGAUCUUGGAGAUAUUAUGCAGCCCGCCGCCCGAUAUCUUGGCAUCGACCGUGACAACGACGACGACGAUGACGACGACGACGAUCAUGAGGUGCAGCCGCCGAGGAGAGCGAGGCGGUAG